AUGUUAGCCCCAAGCAAGAGGAUGACCAAUUCUUUGCGAUCCCAGAUCUUUCUAACGUGGAAACAAGACAGAACUCAGAGUGGAUCUCGCAAUAAUGAGAGGGCAAUCUUUGCUUCAAGAAUCUCACGUGACACUGAGGCCUGUCGACAGAAUUUUAGGAAUUUUCCUUACCCAAAACUGUCUGGUCCUCGAAAAGCAUUGAGUCAACUCCGAGAGCUCUGCCUUAAAUGGCUGAGACCCGAGAUUCACUCAAAGGAACAGAUUCUGGAGCUGCUGGUGUUGGAGCAAUUCCUGACUAUACUGCCUGGGGAGGUUAGGACUUGGGUGAAAUCCCAGUACCCUGAGAACAGUGAAGAAGUGGUGACUCUGGUGGAGGAUUUGGCUCAGCUUCUAGAAGAGGAAGCUCCUCCUCAGAACUCUGCCCUUUCCCAAGAGACCCCAGAGGAAGACAUGGCCACUGUUUUCCAGGCAGGGUGGCUAAAUGACUUGGUGACCAAAGAAUCAGUGACAUUCAAGGAUGUGGCUGUGGACAUCACCCAGGAAGACUGGGAGUUAAUGCGUCCUGUGCAGAAGGAAUUGUACAAGACUGUAACGUUACAGAACUAUUGGAACAUGGUUUCUCUGGGACUUACAGUUUACAGACCGAGUGUGAUUCCCAUAUUGGAAGAACCAUGGCUAGUGAUAAAAGAAAUUUUAGAAGGCCCUAGUCCAGAAUGGCAAACUAAAGCCCAAGAGUGUACUCCAGCAGAGGAUACUUCUGACCUUAAAAAUAAUGUUACCCAGACCAUCAAAUUGGAAGAAUCAGAUGACUACAAUGUCAGAUUAGAGAGACAAGCAACAAAGGCCUUCAGAAAAAUUCCCACUAUUGAGAGGGAUUUCAGUUUGAAGCCAUUUCUUUCAGAAGAUGAUCCUACAGAAGAGUAUCUUAGUAAAUAUGAUAUAUCUAGAAAUAAUUUUGAAAAGCAUUCACACCUAAUUGUACCAUUUGGUACUCAAUCAGAUAAUAAAACUUUUAUGUAUAACGAAGGCAGGACAACCUUAAAUCAUGUCCCAUUUGGUAUUGUAUAUAGGAAAAUAUGUCCUGGAGAAAAGCCUUAUAAAUGUAAUACAUGUGGGAAAAAAUUUAGGAAAUACCCAUCCCUCAUGAAACACCAAAGUACCCAUGCCAAAGAGAAAUCUUAUGAAUGUGAAGAAUGUGGGAAAGAGUUUAGGCAUAUUUCAUCCCUCAUUGCACAUCAAAGAAUGCAUACUGGAGAGAAGCCGUAUGAGUGCCAUCAGUGUGGUAAAGCCUUCAGCCAGCGCGCACACCUUACUAUACAUCAGAGAAUCCAUACUGGAGAGAAACCCUAUAAGUGUGAUGACUGUGGGAAAGAUUUUAGUCAGCGUGCACACCUUACUAUACAUCAAAGGACGCAUACUGGAGAGAAACCAUAUAAAUGCCUGGAAUGUGGUAAAACCUUCAGCCAUAGUUCAUCACUAAUUAAUCAUCAGAGAGUUCAUACUGGGGAAAAACCUUACAUAUGUAAUGAAUGUGGGAAAACUUUCAGUCAGAGUACACACCUUCUCCAACAUCAAAAAAUACAUACUGGAAAGAAACCAUACAAAUGCAAUGAGUGUUGGAAAGUGUUCAGUCAGAGUACUUACCUUAUUCGACAUCAAAGAAUUCAUUCUGGAGAGAAGUGUUACAAAUGUAACGAAUGUGGAAAAGCCUUUGCUCAUUCCUCAACUCUUAUUCAACAUCAAACUACGCACACUGGAGAGAAAUCCUAUAUAUGUAAUAUAUGUGGGAAGGCAUUCAGUCAGAGUGCAAACCUUACUCAACAUCAUAGAACACAUACUGGAGAGAAACCAUAUAAAUGCAGUGUGUGUGGGAAAGCCUUCAGCCAGAGUGUGCACCUUACUCAACAUCAGAGGAUUCAUAAUGGAGAAAAACCCUUUAAAUGCAAUAUAUGUGGGAAAGCAUAUAGACAGGGUGCAAAUCUUACCCAACAUCAAAGAAUUCAUACUGGAGAGAAACCCUAUAAAUGUAAUGAAUGUGGAAAAGCUUUUAUUUAUUCAUCAUCACUUAAUCAACAUCAGAGAACUCAUACUGGAGAAAGACCCUAUAAAUGCAAUGAAUGUGACAAAGAUUUUAGCCAGAGAACAUGCCUUAUUCAACACCAGAGAAUUCACACAGGAGAGAAGCCCUAUGUAUGCCAUAUAUGUGGUAAAACCUUCACCCAGAGUACAAACCUUAUUCAGCAUCAACGAGUUCAUACACGUGCAAAACAUCGUAAUUGA